AUGGCCCAGGUGCAGCCCAACCACGUCGGGGACAUUCACAUGCGGGUCGAGGAUUAUCUAGACGACCAAAUCCAGACUGUCGCUGAUCUGGAAAAUGUGGAAGAUCUCCUGUCGCGAGUUCAGCAGCAGCAGGACUUGUUGAGAAAGCAGCUGGCUGAAGCUCGACAAACUCUUUCCGAGAGCCGGGCCAAUAUUCACGAGAAGUCAAAUGCCCUCCAACAGAGCGCAAAACACUUCCAGACACAGCAAAAGGACCUGGACCGCCGUCUCCAAAUCCUUACUCAAUCGGAGGCCAGCGACGAUGCCACCAAAAGGAUCGAGUCGCGCAUGGGCAAAGUGCGAUCCCUGGAGAUCGCCAACGGAUAUCUAGAGUUGGUACAAAGAGCCAACGCCCUGACCAAGCGUGCAAGAGACAGCCUAGCAAGAGAGCCAGAGACAUCACUGCGAGCCUACCUCCAAUUGAGAGCGAUUUGGAACAAGGUACAGGAAGCCCAACCAGGUGCAGAGGGAGCUGCGCCUCAAUUGAUAUAUCUUCUGGAGCAGGAAGUCACUCAGCUUUAUCAAGAGUUGAAAAGUGUACUCUCCGACGACUUCCGAAAGACUCUGGAAGUGAUGAAAUGGCCUGGGAAAGACCUCAAUCUGGCUGGUGGCAUUCAGGAACGUUGGCAGCGGCAAGUCGAGCUCUUGCUCGAGCUGCAAGAGCCUGAUCUCCUCAAAUUUGCGGCAGACAAGCUCAAGUUUAGUUCUGGUAUCACACCUGAUCCUGUCAUCCUGUUACCCUUGAAAACUAUGGUACAACCGCUAGCAACAAGGUUUCGCUAUCAUUUCUAUGGAGAGAGGCCCACUAAUCGGCUUGACAAACCUGAAUACUUCCUUUCCCACGUCCUCGAUCUGAUUGAUCAACACAACAAUUUUAUCUCGAAUUUACUCGGCCCCAUUAUUGAUGAACGGGCUUUGACGUCAGACGCGCUAGAAAUGGUGUAUACCGAUGCAGUGUCGUCUUUCAUCAGUGCAUUGUUACCCAUGGUCAAUGCCAAAUGCUUGUCAUUCUUGCCUCAGAUUACCUCAGAACCACAACUUCUGUCUCACUUCAUGCGUGAGGCCAUGUCUUUUGACAACGCCAUUCGAGACUCUUGGGUGUAUGUGCCUAUUCCGAGAAUGUUGAAUGGCUGGCGAGGAGUGACGUGGACGAUUUUAUACAGUCAUGGUUACUUCCCAACCUGGCUUGCUGUGGAAAAGGAUUUCGCCUUGGCCAGAUACACAAGCAUUAAAGAUUCACCCGACAGCCGUGAGAUCGACCUUGACGCCGAGCCUAGCCAAACAAAACCAACCAAAGGAGCGAUCAGAGUGAACGAUCUGCUCGAAACCAUCACAGACCGAUACCGUAGUCUUUCAUCAUUCAGUUAUAAGAUGAAUUUCCUGCUGGAUAUUCAAUUAUCAAUAUUCGACGACUACCACAACUACCUUCACGAUGCCUUGCAAGCAUAUAUCGCUGUAUCUCACACUGCCGGACGCCUGCUUCAGGGACAAUCCGAGACCGACACGUUUGGCUUGAAGGGCCUGGAGUCUUUAACUAAGAUAUUUGGAAGUGCUGCGUAUCUCGAACGAAAGAUGUCUGAUUGGAGUGACGACUUGUUCUUUCUCGAGCUGUGGGACGAGCUGCUCACGCGUUCAAAGGCUAAUACAGGCAAUAACUCUAUCGGUAAUAAUUUGAGGGUCGAUGAUGUCGCUGCCAAAACUUCAUCCGCUAUCAAAGCCCACUCGGCCGACGAAGAGACAGAAAGCGACGGGAGCGGACUCUUCGAUCAGACUGCCGCAGCAUACCGACGCUUACGGGAACGCAGCGAGGAGGAAGUUGUCCGCGCAUUCGAUGUCAACGUCCGAAAUGCGCUGAGGACCUACGGGAAGCAACCUCAAUGGUCUUCUCUGGGCGAUGCCCCUUCGGAUGCGACAGCAUUGACACCAUCUUCGGCCCUCGACAGCCUGUUUCAGACAAUAAGUGUCUUGUUGGGUUUCCUGGCUCAUACAUUUGCCCUAGGAUCAUUGAGAAGAGUGACCAAGCAUUUCUGUACAUCGAUUCAACGGGAAAUAUACGACAACGUGGUGAUGCACAAUACAUUUUCAGCUGCAGGAGCUGCUCAAUUACGGAGAGAUCUAUCUGCAAUUGAAGAAAGUAUUGAAAAGUCAACCAGAGUGUCUGGUGCCAUAGGCGCCAGCAUGAAACGCAUCGAGGAAGCUGUUUACUUGCUGGCUCUGCCUGCUAGCAAGGCCAAGGCCGGUACCAAUAACGAAAGCGAUGGCUGGGGUUUCGACGAAGAUGAUGAUGACCAGCCUUCUGCAAUCGAUGCUCGUGGGGGUUCCAGAUAUGGAGAAGACGUGGAGGAAUGGGGUCUUUGGGAUGCGGAAAAACGUGUCUUCGAGAGCAACGAAGCAGCACGGGAAGCCCUUGCCGACAUGGGGCUGUUCCAUCUGUCUGAAAGUGAUGCAAGGAACAUUCUCAAGCGUAGGAUAGAGCUGAACAGCUAG